AUGUUUCGCGGACUUUCCGUUUCCUUCUCCUUCUCCCGCGCCCCCACUCUAUCCUCCCCGCUUUUCCUCCACCGCCAACCCUCCGCCAUCCCUCGCCGCCCCCCAGUCCGCCGGAAAUCAAAACCUUUCUCCUCCAGUUCCACCCAAGUUCGCUGCUUUUCUCCCACUCCCAAGAUGGGCGAAACCUGGAACCCAAAACCCACAAUCCCAGUCAUCGAGAAGGCCACCAAGCCGGAGCUAUUCCGCGCCCUGGAGUCCGCUCUAGGUUCUUCGUUCUCCGGCGACCCAAUUACCCCGCCGCCAAACCCUCUCAUCAUCGUGAUCAGCGGGCCGAGCGGCGUCGGGAAAGAUUCGGUGAUCGGAAAGUUGAGGGACUCGAGGGGGGAGAAUUUGCACUUCGUGGUCACUGCUACCAGCAGGCCGAUGAGGCCCGGGGAGGUUCACGGCAAGGACUAUUACUUUGUAUCCAAGGAAGAGUUUUUGGAUAUGAAGGAGAGGAAUGAGCUCUUGGAGUAUGCGCGUGUCUAUGGUGAUUACAAAGGGAUCCCCAAAUCGCAGAUUAGGGAGUUUAUGGGUAGAGGGUGCGAUAUUGUGUUGAGGGUCGAUAUUCAGGGAGCUCACACGUUGAGGAAGAAAUUGAAAGACUCUGCCGUGUUUAUAUUCUUGGUGGCAGAGAGUGAGACGAAGUUAGUGGAGAGGUUGAUUGGUAGGAAGACGGAGAGUAAAGAGGAUUUGCUUGUGAGGAUUGCUACUGCUAGAGAGGAAGUGAGGCAUGUGAAGAGUUUCGAUUAUGUUGUUGUGAAUGCCGAGGGGAAGCUCGAUGAGGCGGUGAAGUUGAUCGAGUCGAUUAUCGAUGCUGAGAAGGCGAGAGUUCGGCGGAAGUGUGCUGCAAUUUAG